UGCCCAAAACCUCACAUCAACAACCAUCAUCAUAUCCCACAAACUUUUGUCCUAACCACAUUUUACUGUCCUCGAGACAGCAAUUAGUGUAAUACACUUAUCGUAUAAUUAAUGAUCGAUUCCAAACGUUCAAGAGUUAAAAAAAUCAUCUCCUCUUUAUAAGUCCAUGCACACAUCCCCUCUAAACACAAAACAGAAAGAGAAACACCAUGGUCUCCCUAGAACCCAUCCAAUCUACAUCAAAAUGCGUCGUCGACCCCAUCUCUAGCCCCCGUAUAUCUUUCUCCGCCGAGUUUCUCGACGAGAACAACUUCAUCUCCAUAUGCCCGAACCGUCAUCAGGAGAACGAGCAAGAGACCGGUAGCGAACGUGCUGCAAGAAAUGCGGCGGAGUUCGAGUUUCUUUCCGGAAACUUGACCAACAUGAUAACCGCAGACGAACUGUUCUGUGAAGGGAAGCUGCUGCCCUUUUGGCAAAUGCACUAUGCGGAGAAACUCAACAAGAUUAGCCUCAAAACGGAGGAUCACGGCGGAGAGGGUCGGGAGAAAACCGAGCAGAAGAAUAAGGAGGAAAGCAGAAUAAGCUGGUUUCUUGAUGAUGAUCCGUCCCCUAGACCACCUAAGUGCACUGUUUUAUGGAAAGAAUUGUUGAGGUUGAAGAAACAACGUGCUUCGACGUUGUCUCCAUCUUCUUCUUCGUCAUCAUCGUCCUCGUCUGGAAGAUCGAUAGCCGAAAUCCCGGCAGGAGAUCAUGAGAGGAAAGAAGGGGUGCAGGGAAGUCGAGAGAAAGCUGUGAAGAGAGUGAAGAAGGGAUUGGAGAGAACAAGAUCAGCUACUAUAAGGAUAAGGCCUAUGAUCAAUGUGCCUAUUUGCACGCAGGGGAGAAACAGUGCUCUCCCACCACUGUUUUCGUUGAGGAAAGGAAGAUUAGAGAGCUGAUCAGAUUGAUGAAGAACAGUGAGAGAGGUGAUGAUGAUUAUAAUAAUGUAGAAAUUGAUGUUUGGUUUUUGUUUGUACUGAUUUUCAUGCUUUUGUUUGGCGUUUUGGUUUAGAUUAUAUGUUACAUGAUAGAUCUGCUGAUGAGUUUCUAUGUAGAUUCUGACUUCAUUGUUUCUGUUCAAUGCUAUCAAACUUGUCUCCUGUACUUUCACUGCUUAGAAGAAAUUGUCUCUGUAGUUUCACUGCUUAGAAUAAAUAUGAUUUUUCUUUUUU